AUGAGGCAAUGCCGCGCCAAGGAGCGAGCGAUCCACGCCUUCGCGAAUUUAGGCUGGAAUUCCUCCACGAUUCCAUCGCAGUGGCGGCAUCGAUCGUGUUCCGGCGCGAGGAGGAGGGAUUUCUUCAGCGAGGUAGGCGGUCCAAACGUUUUCAUCUUCCUCGCGGCAUUCAAGGCGUGCAGCGCGGCGAGAGAGGUCGGGCUUGGCCGGAGAAUCCAGGAUGACGCUGCCGGGAUUGGAGAUCUUUCUAGCAAUUUCGUGGCCACCGCUGCCGAGGACAUGUACUCGAGCUGUGGAAGCAUGGCGGAGGCUCGCAGGAGCUUUGAGAGCUUAGCAAAUCCAGACGUGGCGCUGUGGAACUCUCUGGUGAUGGGAUACGCGAGAAACAGGGAUAGCAAGCUGGCUUUGGAGUUUUUCUUCGCGAUGGAUCGCAAAGCAAAUGCUCGGAGCUAUGUAACGGCUUGCUCGGGCAUGGCUGGCGAAGAACAGGGACAGGAGAUCGAUGGGAAAGAGAUCAGAGUUCUGAGCCUGGAAAAAGGGAUGGAAAUUCACUCGCGAUAUCGACUUGGCUCUCGAUCCCCUCUACUGGAUCCAUCGAAGCUGCGAGCUGCUGAUAAACCCGAGAGUCUACGUGACCGCGCUCACGGCGUGCUCUCGCAAGGCUAUGAAAGAAAGGUGGGAGGACUUGUGAACAUCGAGAGCCUUGAGAAAAGCAUGGAAAUUCACUGCUUGGCGAAGAACGACUGUGAUCAGCUAGAUCUCUUCGUGGGAAACACACUCAUCGAAACGUAUUCGAAGUGCUCGUCAAUGCUGGACGCUCCGCGAGCUUUGGACAGAAUCAAGGACCACGACGCUGUGUCUUGGACGAGCCUCAUCCUGGGAUACACAGACAACAACGAAGCGGAGAUCUUCUCGACUAUGGCGGCUCAAGGCUUUUGCAAGCUCCACUCUGGGACUUUCGUGGCGGCCUUGACGGCUUGCUCGAGCUUGGAGAGGGUCCAGGAAUUCCACUCUCGGUUUCUGGAGGCUGGUUGCUACGACAACGCUGGGGCUGUCGUCGAGAACAGCUUGAUCGACGCUUACUCGAGAUGUGGAAGAACAGUGGAGGCAAAGUCUGUGUUUGAUUCGAUCGAGAACCCGACUGUGGUCUCGUCUCAUGCUGGGAUACGAGGAGAAUGGUGA